GGGAAGUUGAAAGAUAUUCUGUCCCCCAAAGUUUGUCAUUACCGGCUGAAAAAUUCUGAUAAAUGAACCCACCAUUCAAAGCUCAUCUGUGUCUGUACUGUGCUGUCUGGUAUACGUCACUGGCUGAAGCUAUACAACCAUAAGGUAUAUUUUUAUUGUUACUGACCCAAACAAGAACAAGUGGGAAAAAACAAGACUUUGCUGUGCACUGCUUUUACUUCUUCAUUUACAUCUGCAAAGAUCGGAUCAUUUGUGAAAUGUCUGGCCUCAAUAUUGUAUUUCAUCACCAGUGAUCUGUGAUAUUUGGGAACAAUGCCAACAAUUAUUUUGAUUUCCAUUCUUAUACAAGCUGCAUCAGGCUAUCUUUUUGGACCGAGUAAAGUAACUGGAGCACUCGGAGGUUCUGUGAUGGUAUCAUGCUACUACAAUCCCAUAUCUGCCAACAUCUAUGGACGAAAGUUUUGGUGCAAAAUGAGCAAAGAUGAUUGUUUUACUAUUAUAUCAACUAAAAAUUAUAUUAAUCAAAACUACAUCAACCGGACUAAUCUUCAAAAAUAUACAGAUCAUUUCAAGAUAAAUAUGACAAAUCUACAGCAAAAGGACAAUGGAAUAUACCGGUGUGGAAUUGGAAAUAAUAAUGGCCGUUUUUAUUACACUGUUAAUGUUACGGUUUCUGAAGGGAACAAAAUCCCCUACUCUUCAGAAGUAAUUAUUGCAAAUCUCAAAAGUUCAAUUACAAUCAACUGUCCAGUUAUUCAGGAACAGGGUACUGGAUGGAAGUACUGGUGCAAAAUGCAUCAUCAAAUGGAUGUUCCAUCCUGUCACACAAUGGUUAACAGUUCUGGAUAUGUUCAUGAAAAUUUUUGGGGAAGGGUGUUGAUACAGGAGGUUUACAACACCAGUGAUUUCAAGAUUCUUGUCAAUAACAUUAAAAUGAAUGAUUUUGGCUUUUACCGAUGCGGCACUGGAAAAUUUGAAGAUGGAUCAGAUUGGACAGAUAUUCACAUUCAUAUUCUAAAUCCUUCAGAGACUAUAAGAUACCGGAUUAUAAAGCCACGCUCCCGAUCUCCUGGGGAACUGGCGGUGGCACAGUGCCAGGUCCCAAAAUCUUUUCACACUGUUUUCCUGGUAUAUUGGUGCCGAUGGAAUGAAACUGGCUGCUUACGUUUAAUAGACUCUAAUGGAUUUAUCCAGAAAGGUUUUCAGAACAGAGUCUCCCUGAAUAACACUAACAGAACCUAUAUUAUGAGCCUAGCUCAGUUAGAAUUGGGAGACAGUGGAUACUACUGGUGUGUCAUCACCGAUGGACAGAACAUGCAAACAUCAUCAGUGGAGGUUCAUGUUAUAGCACCAACUACAACAGAGAUUUACCUCAGUUCUAUCAGCAGACAUACACGGGGAAAUUCUUUGACUGCAACUACAUACUCAACAGAUAGACCUUCGGCUACAGAAUCUCACAUAAACAUCACCCCCAGUCUUAGCAGCCUGAAGACCCUAACAGCUACAUUAAACCUCAGUCACAAUGUCCUAACUACUAAAGGGUCUAAGUCUAGCACUGAACAAGAUUUUUGUGCAGAUAACACAUGGCAACCAUUUAUAACCACUGCCAGAUAUCAGACUGGUGGAGCCUCCAUUGCCCAGUUAACUGCUGAUCCUACACCCGCUACCAAUAGUAUCCACACAACAUGGCACCAGUUUAUAACCACUGCCAGAGAUCAGACUGGUGGAGCAUCUGUCCCUACACUUGCUACAAAUAGUAUCCAAGAAAGCACUAGUACUACAAGCAAGAACUAUGAGACUGGUAACAUAGUGAUGUAUACCAGAUCAUUCCAACCCACAAAUACAGACUCCGGUCUAAAUCAUUCUACUCCCAUUGAGCAAGAUUUUUAUGCAGAAAAUACAACACGACAACAAUUUAUAACCACUGCCAGACAUCAUACUGGUGGAGCCUCCAUUGUUCCAUUAACUGCUGAUCCUACACCCCCUACCAAUAGUAUCCAAGAGAGCACUAGUACUACAAGCAAGAACAGUGUCACUGGUAACAUAGCAGAAUAUACCAGAGCAUUCCUACCCACAAAUACAGACACAAGUCUGACUCAUUCUACUACCAUUAAGCAAGAAACAACUAAAGAGCUGUACACCAGAACAUCCGGCAGGUGGCACAAUAGAAGUAAAGUAUACACACCUUUUAUACCCAUCUUGACUACAAGCACCUACCAAGAAUCUCACAUAAACAUCACCCCCAGUCCUAGCAGCCUGAAGACCUUAACAGCUACAUUAAACCUCAGUCACAAUGUCCUAACUACUAAAGGGUCUAAGUCUAGCACUGAACAAGAUUUUUGUGCAGAUAACACAACAUGGCACCAGUUUAUAACCACUGCUAGAGAUCAGACUGGUGGAGCAUCUGUCCCUACACUUGCUACAAAUAGUAUCCAAGGAAUGGAUUACUCUGGGAACAUCACACCACACAGUACUCAUACCAUGUCUGAGACAGAAGAAAACUAUGGGAUAAGUCAUGGCUACAAGCUAAACUCAGAGGUGACAAUAUUGUUAGAAAAUUCUACAGUAGAGACUCAGUCUAAACCAGGACACAAUGGAAGCAGAUAUCAGAGCCAGAACCCAAAGAAUUUGAUCCUCAUUUUGUUCCCAGUGCUGGCGAUUAGCUGUGUCAUUGGUUUUGCAACACUGAUUUAUGUUGUAAAAAAUGUUCGUAAAAAAAGAGAAGCAACGGACAAUUCUGUCCAUCACCAGGAAAAUUUAUUCAUGAGAGAUAGAGAACCAGCAAAGGAGGAAAUAUCUGAGGAGAGUGAGAUAUUAACUCAUGAGCUGGCAAAGUAUAAUAAUGUCUUUAAAGAAACAGAAGUUUGAAGCUAAAACUCUAGGAACUGAAAAAAACAAGUUUCAUUCUCUUUGCAGUGUCAAUUUCACUAUUCUUUGAAUUUUUCUAACAUAAAACCUAUGUGAACAAAUAUAAAAAAAAAAAAAUAUAUAUAUAUAUAUAUCCGGUAUAUAUAUAUAUAUAUAUAUAUAUAUAUAUAUAUAUAUAUGUGUAUGUGUGUGUGUGUGUAUUUAUAUAAUUUGCCACAGUUGCAACAUGUUAUUUCUUGCUGUACAAAUGCCUUUUUACUUUUUUUGUACCCUUUAAAAUGAAUGGCCUUCCAUUAACUUUUAAUGGAUAUAAAUUAUUUCUGGUAUAGUGUUUAAGUAGAUGUUUUUC